AUGAAUGACGACAUAGCCAUCGUGGGGUUUGCGUUCAAGCUCCCCCAAGAUGUUAAUGAUGUUUCUAGUUUUUGGGAUGUUCUUGAGAAUAGGAGGAAUCUAAUGACCGAGUGGCCGGAGUCGCGUAUUAACAAUGGCUCUUUCGAAAAUAGUAAAGAAGGCAACGUUCGUUGUCGGGGAGGACAUUUCAUAACGGAAGAUCCGGGAGCUUUCGACGCUCCCUUUUUCUCUGUGACGGCGAAAGAGGCGGCUUCUAUGGAUCCAAUGCAGCGAUGGACCCUUGAAGCAUCCUAUCAUGCUUUUGAAAAUGCCGGAAUCCCGGCAGAACAACUCAGGGGCACUCGGUGUGGAGUGUUCUCUGCGUCAAUGACGGACGACUACAAGCGGAUGAUUGCUCAAGAUCCCGACAACAUACCCCGGAUGGCGGUAACAGGCACUUUUGCUUCCAUUCUUCCUAAUCGUGUCAGUUGGUACUUUGAUUUGCACGGGCCAAGUAUUCACGUCGAUUCGGCGUGCUCCAGUAGCUUGUUAGCACUCGAUCUUGCGUGUCAAGCGUUACGGACUGGCGAGGCCUCUUCUGCCGUCGUUACUGGAUCGAACUUGAUUCUUGGUCCUACUAUAUACCAGAUGUUAUCAUCACUCAACUUUUUAUCAGCAGACAGCAAGUGCUACAGUUUUGACCAUCGCGCAAAUGGUUAUGCCCGUGGUGAAGGUGUUAUUGCUCUUGUCAUAAAGCCGCUGUGGGACGCGGUACGGGAUGGCGACAUGAUCCGCGCUGUGAUCAGGUCCACCAGUUCAAACCAAGAUGGACACACCCCGGGACUCACACAACCUAGCCCCCAGGCGCAAGAAGACCUAAUUCGUCAGGUAUACAAGAAGGCGAAUCUACCGCUAAACGUGACCCGUUAUUUUGAAGCUCAUGGAACGGGAACACCAGUAGGCGAUCCAAUAGAGAUGAAAGCAAUAGGGAGAGUCUUCAGGACAAGUCGUUCUACUGAGGAUCCUCUUUACGUGGGUUCCGUAAAGGCGAACAUUGGACAUCUUGAAGGAAGCAGUGGUUUGGCUGGCGUCCUUAAGUCUGUCUUAAUGCUUGAAAAAGGAAUUAUCCCAGCCAAUGCAAAUUUCGAGAAAAUCAACCCCAAGAUCGACGUGGACUUUUAUCACACUAAGGUCCCAAGCGAAAAUGUUUCCUGGCCAUGCGAAGGCUUACGCCGAGUAUCAGUGAACUCCUUCGGAUUCGGAGGAACGAACGUUCAUGUUAUUCUAGACGACGCACUUCAUUACCUUCGCGAGCGGCGCCUGAUCGGAAACCACUGCACAAGUGCCACUCCCCAUAAAAUAGCGAUCGCACGGCCUGUAACCAACGGAACAACGAACGGGUCCCAUAUCAAUGGAAACACAACAAAUGGGGUCGCUAAGACGAACGGAUAUGCCCAUACAAAUGGAAAUGGCCUUGUGAACGGGAAUGGCCACACCACCAAUGGAAAGACCAAUGGCGUUAGUAACGGUACUAAUGGACACCAUGCUGACUCUACAUCAAGACUGCUCGUUUUGUCCGCGGCCGAUGAGAAAGCGCUCAAGCGAAUGGUUGAACAGUAUCAAGGUUUCUAUAAAGCCCAGAUCGCACACAGCCCAAGUAAGCUGGGUGAUUUAGCAUUCACAUUAUCGACUCGUAGAAGCCAUAUGCUCUGGAGGACAUUCGCCGUCGUUAACAGUGCACCUUACGACCAAGAUGUGAACCUCACCGUCGCCAAACCAAUUCGAAGUUCAAGUGAAUCUGGAAUUGCAUUUGUCUUCACAGGCCAGGGAGCGCAAUAUGUUGGUAUGGGAGCUGGUCUCCUCCAAUAUCCAUCAUUCAAGUCGACAUUACAACAAAUUGAUGAAAUAUACUUCAGCUUAGGAUGCACCUGGUCCAUAUUUGAUGAACUGCAUAAUAAGGAAAACAUCGAUCGCCCCGAAUUCAGUCAACCCCUAUCCACAGCUAUUCAAAUCGCCUUGAUUGAAUUAUUAAAAAGCUUUGGCGUCAUCCCGAAGGCAGUGGUUGGUCACUCUUCAGGUGAAAUAGCCGCAGCUUACGCUAUCGGCGCACUUUCGUUAUUAGGUGCCUCCAAGGUAUCAUACUUCCGAGGACAGCUAGCUGGAAAGCUCAGAGCUACUAGCGAAACCCCAGAGGCAAUGAUGUCUGUCAAUCUUGCCGAGGAUGAAGUUCAGGGAUACCUAAAGAAUAUUAGUUAUGAGGUUUCUGCCCAGAUUAACGUCGCCUGUGUUAACAGCCCACUGAACUGCACACUUUCCGGAAAGGAAAGCGCUAUUGAUACUGCGAAGGAGAAACUUGACAAGGACGGAAUAUUCGCUCAGAAGCUUAAGACAGGGGUCGCAUAUCACUCGCCGUCCAUGGCCAAGAUCGCGGACGAAUAUAUGCGCCAGAUAGGAUCUCUGGACAAUGGCAACACCAAAGCUACUAGGUCGUCGAUUCCGAUGGUAUCGUCAGUUACUGGUCAGCUGGUGAAACCAGCUUCGUUGGCGACUCCUCAGUAUUGGGUAGAGAACAUGGUUUCACCAGUUCGAUUCGCCGAUGCCGUGCACGUUCUUACCCAGAAGACUUCAUCCUUGAAAGUCGGUAUAGGAAGCAUCACCGAUCUCAUUGAGGUCGGAUCUCACCCUGCACUGCGUAGGCCAGUCCAAGACACCCUCGCCAAAGCUGGAAAUAAGAAGCAGCAAAUCCGGUAUAGUCAUGUGCUGCAUCGGUCUCAUCCUGCAGCUCAAACCGCUUUGGAGCUUCUUGGACAACUGUUCAGCCAUGGACAUACUGUUUCCAUCUCUGCAGCAAAUCAAUACUCAUCUGACCAAGAAUCUCCCCGAUUCCUAGUCGACCUCCCUAAAUACCCCUUCGAUCAUUCCAAGACUUACUGGUCUGAAUCUCGCCUUAGUCGCGACUUUAGGCUGCGUGAUAGCGUAAAGGGUGAAACCUUAGGAGCGCGGUUUUUCGAUUGGAACCCCUUGGAGCCAAGAUGGAGGAAUUUCCUAAGCGUUGAGACUACGCCAUGGAUUGGCGACCAUGUCAUCAGCGGAACCGUCAUUUAUCCCGCAGCUGGUAUGCUGGUGAUGGCGAUGGAAGCAGUCCAGCAAUUGCAGCCUGAAAACCGCGUCAUAUCGGGCUACUACGUCAAAGAGGCGAACUUCAUGAACCCUAUCCUAGUUAAGGAGGCUUGGGAAGACAGGACCGAAACCAUGCUUCACUUGCGUCCAGUUAAGAGGCCAUAUGAGAAGGAGUCAACCUGGUCGGAUGUCACGAUCUAUGCAUACUACGACAACCGAUGGACCGAGUGUUUCAAAGCCAACAUUCAAGUCGAAUACGAAGACUCCGCGCUGACUGACCUCCAAGAAGAGCGUCGGCAAGCUCACACUCGGGUUACUGAUCAAUACAUCAAUGCGCGAGAACUAUGCACGAGACCGGUUGAUUCCCAAGUGUUUUAUGAAGACGCCACUGAUCACGGCCUGGGAUACGGAGAGGCUUUCCAAGUGAUUGAGGAUAUCCAGUGGGACGGCAAGUCUAAUGCCAUUGCUCGUGUUGACAUGACCAAAUGGAAGACAACAAGUCUUGUCCACCCCGUGGUUUUGGACUCCGCAUUCCAUGUGCUACGCGUUAGCACUACACUGGGACUCUCCCUGUCUAACGCAACAAAUGUCCCCGUACGGUUGGUAGACGGCUGGUUCGCUCCGUCUGGAUGGCAACAGCCUCAAACAUCCUCCAUUCACUAUCUCGCCACCUCGGAGAUCAAAGGUGGUCGGGAGAGUGAAGAGGGUACUAUUUACGCGGUUGCUGAUGACGGUUCAGUCUUGUGUACUAUGCGAAGACUAUUGACUGCGGCAGUCUCAAGAAAGUCCGAUGGAGAGCAAACUGCUAAGAAGUUGCUGUAUAGCAUUGACUGGAAACCCCAACUGAGCUUGAUGGAACCAUACCAGCUCGAGGCUGCAGUUGAUGCCAAUACUUUCGUUAGGGACGAGGCCGUCAUGAUGCUAAAACAUCAAAAGUUGACCUUCAUUCUCGAUAAGGUUGUUGCCAAGACUUUGAAACAAUUGUCAGGCGAAAACCGUGAGAAGGUCAUCGGGACCCAGAGAAGACACAUGGAGUGGCUCGAAGAGCACGUCGGACUGUUAUCUCCUGAAAGGGCAGCUGACGAUGUCAAUGAAGAACAGCUCGAAACCCUCUUGCAGGAGGUCGAGGCUAUCCACCCUCCGUGGAAGCUACACACGACAGUUGUCCGUCGCCUGACGGAUAUCCUCACUGGCGCGAUUGACCCACUCGAAGUCAUUUUCGAUGCCAACUUGGCCGACGUAUUUUACGCAGAUAUGUUCGAACACGUAUGUGACGAUAGGCUAUUGAAGUUCUUAGAUCUCGCCACUCAUGAAAACCCCGAUCUUCGUAUCCUCGAAGUGGGGGCUGGUACCGGUGGUUUCACGUCGCGUGUCAUUACUUGUUUAAAUGAGCUCGAAAAGAAGAGCGGUGCACUUAAGUUCUCUGAGUACACAUACACCGAUGUCUCCCCUGCCUUCUUCGAGAAGGCAACUUCAAGAUGGCAAGAUUACAAGGAGAGGAUGACAUUCAAGACCUUCGACAUGAAGCGCAGCGCUGAAAGUCAGGGCUUUGAGCCGGGUUCGUAUGACCUAAUUGUCGCCGGAAGUGUUCUGCAUGCCACUGAAGAUUUAUUGGCCACAAUGAGGAAUGUCCGCACGACUCUUAAACCGACCGGUCACCUUCUACUUCUCGAGGUUGUUGCGCCGAAAGAUGUAAUGACGAAUUUCACAUUUGGGCUGGUACCCGGAUGGUGGGGUCGCCGAGAAGAAUGGCGAGGUCUGUCCCCCGCAAUCCCCGAAAAACAGUGGGAAGACGUCCUGAAGUGGACUGGUUUUAGCGGUAACGAUCUGGUCCUUAGGGAUUACCCCAGCGAAACAUGCCACAUUUUCAGUAUCAUCGUAUCCAAAGCUGCGGAGGAAGUAUCUGAAGUACCUUCAAGUAAACCAGGACUUGUUCUGGUCGUCGAUGCGCAGUCAAGUGACCAAACCGAUUUAGCCAACUUGAUCCAUAACAGGAUUCUCCAAUCCAAAGGAGAACAGGCUCGGAUCGUUCCUCUUGACCAAAUUGCGACCGCAAAACUGACCAAAGAUGACACCGUGGUUAGCAUUGCGGAAAUCAGCAACCCCUUCCUCGCUACACUAUCCGAAGAAAAGUUCAAGUUGCUGCAGACAUUCCUUAAGCAAACACGGAACUUAUUAUGGGUUACCCAAACAAGUUUGAAGGAUGAGCGAUAUUCGGAAUAUGGUAUCAUGGAGGGAUUCUUGAGGUCAAUCCGACACGAGGAAAGCGAUAAACACGUCGUCACUCUUGCCAUUGAGUCCCGAGACGAGACCAUUGUCGAGUAUGCGCAGUAUGUCGCAAAGGCAUACAAGGCCGCUUUCGAAUCGCAGACCAAAGAACUAGAGUACAUCGUCCGCAAUGGCCGACUUACUACUGGUAGAGUCGCAGAAGAUGUGUCUGGAAACGACACGUUGCGAUCUCUGCUUUACCCUCAGCUGCAAGAUAAGCCUAUCUCAGAGGGUCCAGCGCUAAAGCUCGCUGUCGGUGAACUUGGAACUCUAGACUCAAUGCAACUCGUGGAAGAUGCCGCAAAGCAAACAGAACUUCUACCCCAUGAAGUUGAAAUCGAAGCCAAGUCCUGGGGUCUAAACUUCCGUGAUGUACUUUGCGCAUUGGGCCGUCUAGAGGAUAAAGAAUUGGGAGUCGACUGCGCAGGUGUUGUUACUCGCGUCGGACCAGACAGCAAUGUCCAGCCAGGAGACCGCGUCUGCAUGAUUUCGAUUGACUGCAUGCGAACGCACCCGCGUGCACUUGACCAUGCUGUCCUUAAGAUCCCCGAUGACCUGUCAUUCGAAGCAGCAGCUUCUAUCCUAGUCCCUGGUAUGACAGCGUAUUAUUCCAUGAUCGAUAUUGCCCGAGUCCGCAAGGGUGAAAAAGUCCUCAUCCACUCGGCUGCGGGUAGUACAGGCCAAAUGGCCAUCCGUAUGGCUCAAAUGAAGGGAGCGGAAGUCUUUGCCACGGUCGGAUCUCCCGAAAAGAGGCAAUUCUUGAAAGACACGUUUAGCAUUCCCGAUGAUCACAUUUUCAACAGCCGAAAUACCUCGUUCGCUCAAGGAGUCUUGCGUGUAACGGACGGAUACGGUGUUGAUGUAGUGCUAAACUCGCUUUCCGGAGAUAGUCUACGGGCGACUUGGGAGUGCAUGGCUCCAUUUGGUCGGUUUGUUGAGAUCGGUGUCGUCGACAUCAAGGCUAAUUCAUCUUUACCCAUGGCUGGUUUCGCAAGGAAUGUCAGCUAUUCGGCCAUUGACUUGCGAUACGUAAUCCUCAGAAACCCGGGGUUGACGUCUGAGCUGCUGAAGGCCACUAUAGGCCUUCUAAACGAGGGCACUAUUCAGCACCCUGGCCCUCUACACAUUUACCCCGUAUCAAAGGCUGAAGAAGCGUUCCGAUACCUCCAAGGAGGAAAGAAUAUCGGGCGCAUUAUUCUUAAUGUCGACCCUGCUGAUAUAGUCCCGCAACUUCUUCUUGGACAGCGAUCGUGGAAAUUUGAGGAAAAUGCAUCUUACGUGAUUGCAGGAGGAUCUGGUGGCCUCGGUCGCGCCAUCAUGAAAUGGAUGGCCGAUAGAGGGGCGAAGCACCUAAUUGCGCCUUCAAGGUCUGGAAGCUCAAAACCGGUAGUCGCUGAGGUUAUUGCCGAAUUGACAAAACGCGGCGUGAAUGUUGUUGCACCCCAAUGCGACGUAUCGUCAGCUGAGUCACUGGCCCAAGUUCUCGAGGAAUGCGCUAAAACUAUGCCGCCCGUUAAGGGCUGUAUCAACGCCACCAUGGUCCUCCAAGACGCUGUAUUUGACAACAUGACCUAUGCGCAAUGGGAGCUGACGAUGAAGUCAAAGGUCCCAUCGUCUUUGAACUUACAUAAACUUCUGCCCAAGGACCUUGACUUCUUCAUUCUUCUAUCGUCUCUAAACGGCGUCUGCGGCGCUUUGGCACAAUCUAAUUAUGCAGGCGGCUGUUCUUUCCAGGAUGCGCUCGCACGUUAUCGUGUUGCGCAUGGACAAAAGGGCGUCUCGAUUGAUAUUGGGUGGAUGCGAAACAUCGGUAUCGUAGCAGAGACGCAGCAAUACCAGCGCCAACGAAAGAGCUGGGACGAUAUGCAGAAGAUCGACGAUACGGAACUAAUGGCUUUGCUGAGCGUGCUGUGCGACCCCUCAGAACCACUCCCCACACAAACCGGCAGCCAAGUACUUCUCGGUCUACGCACACCAGCCGAUUUCCUUUCGAAGGGCCAGACACCCCCAGCCCUACUCACAAGACCCUUAUUCGCUGCGUUCUCCCACAUAGUCGGAGAAGCCAAAGCGACAUCGAAGGAUGCGAGUGUGGACGUAGCAGCCUCAUUCAAGGCCGCGACAGAUACAAGCGAGCGAAUCCAGAUCGUCAUCAAGGCAUUGACUCAGAAGCUAGCGCGUUCCAUGGCUAUUUCGCCCGACGACGUAGAAUUGAACAAACCGCUUUCCAGCUAUGGCGUCGAUUCAUUGAUGGCGGUCGAGUUGAGGAAUUGGAUCGGAAGGGAUUUCCAGGCUGGUGUCGCUGUUUUCGAUAUUAUGGGAAAUGUACCUGUUUCGGCUAUUGGAGACUUGGUCGUGGCCAAGAGCACUGUUGGAAAGACUCAGUAGAGUAUAAUACGGGUGAGGUAGCGCGGAGUCUAAUUGAGGAAUGGGAGGCUAGGUUUGCGGAGUUAGGGUUAACGAUAUCUUAUUUCUUGUCUCUUAGUUUUAAUGAAUGUAAUGACACGUCGCUCAUUGUCACCUUUAUCCAUGCAUUAUUUAGGACAAUUACUGUGAGAUGGGCUGAUGGGAUGGAUUUCGUGUUGGUUUGAUGAACCUUCAAAUUUCUUUGGAUUGCGCACAGAAUUUCUUCGUGAAUCACAUACAGAUUUCACCGAUGCAAU